ACAUCCGGUGUCGUAACUUCCGUUUCGUCUACGCUCGGCGGCCUUAUUGCACUUCCGUUCUUCAAGGAUAUCUGAAAUCACCAGACCAGUCAACAUGUACCGGUUUGCUAAGGCUGCGGUAAACAUCACCGGUCAGGCCGCAAGGCAGGUGAGGCAUGGAUCCACCGCUCCCCCCGACUUUCAUCAAAAGUAUGGCAACGGCCUGAUGGUCGGUGGAUUGGUCUUCUGCACUGCUGUGUGGGGAUAUGUGCUGACUCAAACUGGCAUCACCUGGAAUCUUUCCCCUAUUGGGAAGGUCAUGCCCAAACCAUGGAGGGAGCCUGAGGAGUAAAGAUCUGCCAUGACAGACCUGCAUUAUAAACCUGAUUGUACAGAUGAUUAACGAUGAAUGCCUGUGUUUAUUCCAACAAGUUAGUUUGCCCAAAUAAAUUAAGAGCGGUCCUACUCUU